UGGCUACUGAAAGCCUCAGCUAGCCAUGAUUCUCCAAUUCUUAUUGGCUUCUUUGCCGGUUUCACCAUGUUGUAAUCCGUACCUGCGUUUUUAACCGACAGGGGUCGCGAUAAUGGUGCGUGGGGCUCAGGGGCACAAGUGGCACAGGAGAGCAACACAUUUUCUCAUUUUCCCUCCCUUGCUCAAGCUUGUUGUCCUUCUCUUUCUCACCCUGUCACUUUCCCCCCCAUCCCCUCUAUCCCCGGUCCCUAACGACAUUUUACCACAUUUACCAGGCCCAACAUCAUCAUGUGGGUCCCGGCGGUCCUCCCUAAUAGGCCGCGCUCACCAUCAACAACAUGACGGGGCUAGGGUAUGGGUAUGCUUGGGUAUGCUUGGUCGAAGACUUGUCUCCCCCGGGCUUCUUCACGCUAGCCGCCAAGGCUCACCACCCUCCAUUAUCGUCAAGUGUCUCUCUUUUCUCCCUUUCUUUCCUCACCACCAGCGUGUUUCUCUCGUUUCGAGUCUAUCUCAAGUCUCUCUUUUCUCUUCAACGUCGUCGGUCAAACUCUAGUCCCUUUCUGCGCGAAAUCGACUUUCGCUCAUUGAUACCCGCAUUGCUUAUUGCAUACGUCCACUCUUUCGACAGCAACGA